GCGAGGAGACGCUCGCGUGGGCGACGGUCGUCCUCGCCUACGCGGCGACCCUCGACGCGACGGCGCCGCCGUCGUCCCCGCGGACGUCUCGGCCGUCGCCGCGGCCGUCGACGCGCGCGCCGAGCGCCGCGCCGGCGCCGCGGCCGUCGCCCGCGCCCGCCGCGCCCGCGCGCGCGCCGACGGCGGCGCCGCCGGCGACGCCCGCGCCCGCGCCGCGGCGGCCCUUUAUCGGCCGUCGGGGGCGCCUUUUCUCGGCCGUCGGCGCGGGCGCCGGCGCCAUCGCCGCCGUCGUCGCGGCCUUUUUCGCCCUCGUCGGCCUCGCCGCCCUCAUCGUCAGCCGGCGCGCGCGCGCGGCGCCGGACGGCGACGACGAAGACGCGGAGAAGCUGACGACGGGCGACGAGGCCGGCGCGCCGGACGUCGGGCCGCGCGCGCGCUACCGCGACGACGCCGCCGCGACCGCGGGCGACCGGGGGGGCGACCCGGGCAUCGAGCUCCCGCGCGCGUCGCUCCCGCUGCGCGCCGCCGCGGACGACCUCGCGUCGCUGAAAAAACCGGCGCUCGUGGCCCUCUGCCGCGAGCGGGGCCUCAAGGUCUCCGGCACCAAGGCCGUGCUGCUCGAGCGGCUGGCCGGCGCGGAAGCAGAGGCCGCUGCACCGGCCGCUGCGUCUGCAGCACCGGCCGCUACGUCCGCCGCGCCGCCGCCGCCGCUCCCGUCCGCGCCGCCGUCCGCCGCGCCGCCGCCGCGGCCCGCCGCGGAGCCGCGGCCCGCCGCGGAGCCGCGGCCCGCGCGGUCGCUCGGCGCCGCGUUCGAGCGCGGCGGCGACCCGCAGCUCGUCGAGGCGUCCAUCGACCUGCUCCUCGGCGAGGUCGCGGCGCUGGAGCCGUCGGCCGUGACGCCCGCGAUGCUGGCCGCGAAGAGGGAGCAGCUCCUCGCCGACGAGGGCCGGGCCCUCGACGCCGUCGCCGCGCGGCGCCUCGCGGCGGCUCCGACGGACGAGCGCGUCGUCGGCGCCGUCGCGCUGGUCAAGGGCUUCGCGCGCAUGGAGCAGCAGCUCCGGUCGCGGGAGACGAUGCGCGACGUCCUCCGCGCGGCGACGCUCGGGGACCACGCGGUCGACGGCUGCUUCUCGGAGCUCGCGCGCGACGGCCGCCUCGACGGGCCCCUGAAGCGCUACGUCGACGACCUCAUCGCCCAGCAGGCGCCCAAGGGCGGCGGCGCGCUGCUGGACCGCGUGCUCGAGAUCGUCCGCGACCGCAUCAAGGCCGAGGACCAGAUGCGGGGCAACGACGAGCUCCGGUGCCUCGCGGCGGCGCUGCGCUGCGCCGACGACGCGGCGACGCUCGCCUUCCUCCAGGACCAGCUCGCGACGUCCCUCGACUUCGCCGCGCGCUUCGACGCCUACGUCGCCGACGCCGCGCUGUUCCUCGAGUCGUCGGGCGCGGCGACGUCCGCGGACGAGGCGCGCCUGGACCGCGUCCGGGCGAUACGGGACUUCGUCGUGGAGAUCCGGCGGGGGAUGCCGAGUUCGGCAUCGAAAAAUACGCCCUCGAAGCGCCACGCGACCAUGUCCCACAACGCGAAACCCGACCCGCGCCACAACAUCGCCCAGCCCGACGGCAAGCAGGUCGCGCCGUCGCAGACCGCGACGCAGCGGUCGACGGCCGAGACGCUCACCGGGCUGAAGCGGAAGCAGCGCGAGCUCCAGAACGAGGUCUACGGGGACCUGCAGUUCAUGCUCCACCACUUCGUGCAGCUCCAGAGCAGCGACCACACGUCGACGCAGGUCAACGCGGGCAACCAGCAGCGGCUCGCGUC